GAUAAACUUCAAUAUUUCAAAUAUCUAAAAUCAGACAACGAGUAAAACGAGUGUGAUGAAGAGGGUACGGGACACUGCGCCUUCUCUUGUAGAUACAAGGGCUCAGAGUGCGUCUGGACAAAGAAUACUUUUCACAGGGCCAAACGGCAUUGGAGAUUUCCGUCCCAGAUUGGACUAUUUUCCCCGGAGCACUGGAAUCGGCCCCUUAUCUCCAGAUGCCACGAGUGAUCUCAACUACCUUUUUCGGUCUGCACCAAGUGCGACCCCGCCGUUACCGAAGCACUGUUACACCGGAGGAGUGGGCUGGGGUCUGCAGUACUCCAACACACUGAACAGGCGGACCUUAAUCAGCAGCAUACACAAUGAGAUUGACCAAUUUCAUUCAGCUGGGGAUGAUGGAGUGACUCACAGCCCAUGCACACAGGCACACUCCAGACCAGUUAUUGGACAAGCAGCCGACCUGCUGGAGGCUUUCUCAGAACCACAGCACACAUGAUACCUACAGUGAGAACAACAACAAACAUCUCCUGCUUAACAAGCAGUGACUGUCAAUACAUACUGACAAAUCUCAACCAGGCGGCAUUACUUUUCAACAAAUGUAUUAUCUCUGGAAAAUGUCAAGAGGCCUGAGUCAUGAUUCUCAUUGCGGUUGCUUUGUGAUCAUUAAACUGCUUAUUAUCUAAAUAGCAUUGUGUCGGCUGUAUUAUAAAUCCCCUUUAAAUGUCUCCCCAAUAAAAUCUCUUAU